ACUCGGUGCGCCCUCCGCGGACCGGGCGACCCCGUGUGCAGCUAGAGCCGCGCUCCCUGCGCAGCCGACCCCGCGCCCAGCCCGGGCGGCUCGGGCCGCGGCCGCACGCAGCGCCACGCGUCGAGAGCGCAGGUCCCGGGGACCCGCCGCGGUGACAGCAUGAGCCGCACCGCCUACACAGUGGGAGCGCUGCUUCUCCUUUUGGGGACCCUGCUACCGGCUGCUGAAGGGAAAAAGAAAGGGUCCCAAGGAGCCAUCCCCCCGCCAGACAAGGCCCAGCACAACGACUCGGAACAGACUCAGACGCCCCAGCAGCCGGGCUCCAGGAACCGGGGGCGGGGCCAGGGGCGCGGCACGGCCAUGCCGGGGGAGGAGGUGCUGGAGUCCAGCCAGGAGGCCCUGCACGUGACCGAGCGCAAAUACCUGAAGCGAGACUGGUGCAAAACCCAGCCGCUCAAGCAGACCAUCCACGAGGAGGGCUGCAACAGCCGCACCAUCAUCAACCGCUUCUGCUACGGCCAGUGCAACUCCUUCUACAUCCCCAGGCACAUCCGCAAGGAGGAAGGCUCCUUUCAGUCCUGCUCUUUCUGCAAGCCCAAGAAAUUCACCACCAUGAUGGUCACACUCAACUGCCCGGAACUGCAGCCCCCUACCAAGAAGAAGAGGGUCACCCGCGUGAAGCAGUGUCGUUGCAUAUCCAUCGAUUUGGAUUAAGCGGGGCCUACCCAGCCUGUCCUAGGGAUGCAACCCCAGGCAGGCCCCGAGCCAGACCUAAAACAGCCCGAUUUUUAAUUGGCUUAAACCUAGAGGCCAGAAGAACCACCGCCUCCUGGCAGGAGCCUGCUAGUGCGUAGUUUGUGUGCAUGAGUGUGCUAGAGGGCACUUCUUAUUAUGCAAACGUAUCCACUUCCCCUGCAUGGCACAGAAGGCCUACACCACCUGGGCACACUCAAAGGGGCAGGGUUGUGGUCUGGUUCUGCCUCUGUCUUCCUGGCCCCCCGGGUGCUAGACUCUCCCUUCAGAGUGAAUGUUAAUGGAAGAGGCCACUGGGAGGGCAGGAGGCUCUUCAGUGGCCUAGACUUGGCAAAGGUAUUUCGACCUGUGCCUGCUUCUCCCUCCCUCCUCCCUUCCACAGACUGUCCCUUCUUCAGUUCUCAGUGACUAUUUUGGUCUGCUCCCCUUUCUGCCAAAGUUUCUAAAUGAACUCAUUUGAGCACAGAUAUGAAUGUUUCCCAUUUGGCAAGACCCUUUACCAGGGGGAGGUUGGCACAGGAAGGGCAGGAAGGAAGGAAGAUGCGAGAAGGGAGACGUUGACCAGUGAGCCCAGCAAAACUCAGUAGAGAGAAUAGCGUCUUGAGAGGAGAACCCCCCAGAUCCCCAAAUACAGUGAGACUUGUGCUAUGGCAAAAGGUUUUUUCCUAGUAUUUACCAGAACUCAAGUGAACAGAAGAGAAAGAGACUGUCCAAAAGUCCUUAACUUUGGUUGUCAUUGUGAUCUGCUGGAACCAACCCAAAUCCAAAUUUCAACCCUAAAAUGCCAAUGGUUCCUACUUUCAGAACAAGUGAGCUAAACUUGAGCAACCCCUCCUGCUUUGCCCCUCAGGUAGGAUGAUAGAUGUAAGUUCUCUAACUACACGCAGGGAUGGCCACGGAAUAAAAACGGCCUAGGCAGAAGGCCCCAUGAUCUUCCUUUUGCUUGGUUAUAAUCACCUCUUCCCCAGUUCAUAAUUUCUAUGUCAUGCUUCUGACAGUCACACGUCUGUGCUGUAAAGACUCUGCCUCUGCUGCGUAGGAGACCCAGCUUCAUAGGAGAGCGUUCAGGGCCUGCCAUCAAGACCCAUCAAGACCCAGCCUCGUAGGAGAGCAUUCAAGGCCUGCUCCAAUUUAGCUGGAAGUAUGUUUUGAGUCUUUUCAUUUUAGCCACUGUUAGGAAACUGAGCUGGAGAGAAGAGACAGGAAUUAAAGGGGAUUGCCCCACUGAGGAGUAGCUUGUUACCUGGGCAUGUAAUAUAAAGGAUGUGACCUCCUGUUCUUCCUUGGCCCUCUGAGGGUCAAAUGGGAAAUUGCAGUUAAUAAAUCUGAGCAUUUGGGUGUGUUCGAUAGCUGGCUGUUGCCAGGAGGGUUCGUGUAGGUAGUAACCAUCCAAUCCCUAGUAGGCACUGUCCCCUGAUUAAACUCUGGCUAAUCACGAUGCCUACUGAGGGUUUAUCUAAUGGCCAAAAUGUGGGGUGGGUGAACCUUACUGUGUUUCGCAUUUGGCUAACCUGUUUUCCUUCAGACCUGAAGCUUUAGAUUUAAACCCCAUUCCCAGACUCUUUUUGCCCCACCAGCCAAGUAAUAUGGGAAACAAACACCACAGACUUGCAUUUCAGUUGCCCAUCAAAAGGCCCCAGUGUUCAAAGCACCAUCAAGAGUCUGCUUUUAUUUUAUUUUUGUUUUGGUCCAGUGCUCUCCCAUCUAACAACUAAACAGGAACCAUACUUGGAGGCAGAAGUUAUCUUGAGCACCCAAAACGUAGGGUCUAAUUUUAAAACUCACUACUGAUGAUUCUACACGAGGUGAAUUUGAGCAAACACAUCGUCUGUGCAUUUUGUGUACAGUGUAUGCCCCAGCUCCAAAUCUUUCUAUCAUCCACAUCCUUCAACAAUAAAGCACAGAAUGGAUCUAAUUAAGCACACGAAGGCUAAGCCAAAAUUUUGAGGGUGGGGGAGAGGAAAAGAAAGGGGAAGGAGCUGAAAAUGUAAAACCACACUAGAGAGGAAAAAUGACAUUCAGAACUAGCAGACACUGAAUUUCUCUUGUUGUUUUAACUCUGCCACAAGCAUGCAAUUUUGUUAAAAAGAGAUGACUUAAGUUGGCAGCAGUAAUCUUAGUAGCUUGUACCACAGUCUUGCAUGUAAGUCGGAUUUGGCUUAAGUAAAGAGAAUUUCCUCAAAAUCAACUUCACUGAGAUAAUCAGCAGCAUAACUGCCCUAAAAAAGUACAGCACGAGCCAAAGAGGGAAACGCCUGCUUCUCUUUCUGGGCCUUUAUGAAGAGUAGCACAAGUGUGGUGUGUCCCCAAGAGUUACUGAAAGUGCCAUAUCUCUUCCAUAUUGUAUUGGAGUCACCGAUGAUGUCAUGAUAGGUUUCUGUUCAUUACUAUAGUAGAUUUUUUUUUUUAAUGACAAGACAUUUGUGAUCUCGAUCUUUCCUAUGAAGAUAAUGCCAACCACUAAAUAUGAGUUCCACGAUGUACGCUUUGUGCUUGGCAUUAAAAGAAAAACACACAUUCCUUAAGUCCGUAAGUUGUUUUUUGUUAUUGUAGUUCUUCAAAGUUAAAAAUGUAAGCGAAAAAUCCGGAGGAAAGGAUAAUUUCCACUGUGUGGAAUGUGAAUAGUUAAACAAAAAGUUAUGGUUAUUUAAUGUAAUUAUUAAUUCAAAUCCUUUGGUCACUGUGAUUUCAAACCUUUUUUUUUUUUCUCCUUUAUAUGCCUUCCUCUGAGUUGAGCAAAAACACACCGUGCAUGGUAUUGGAGGCUUUUAUCAGGUCAGAGGGAAAACACUGAACUCUUGACAAGUCUGAGUAUGCGUUACAGAGUCGAGGCCUGAGCUUUUAUUAUUUGAAUGGACUGUUCCUUAAAGGUUAAUAUUUCUGAGGCAAUAUUAAGACAGAUUUUAAAUGUUAUUUUGGAAGACUUCUGAUGUGUGUAUGUAAACAAAUAGCAGAUCGUUCACAAGUCCUUUUAAGGAGAGAAUCUCAAAUAAAAAAAAAGUGUAUGUCUAGACCAUUUAUAAAGAACCAGUUAAUGCUUAAGAGUGAGAGUAGUUCUACUGAUUUGUCAUUCUCAAGAUAUUUAAUAUCAACUGCAUUAUGUAUUAUAUCAGCUCUAAUCAUUUAAAAAUAACAGAGAAUUAUAUAGGCUUUGAUUGAGGUACUUUGCUGUGUAUAAGGUUGAGGGAAUUUGAGUCUCAUAAAAGCUAAUUUGGUUUAAAGCAACGUUUUGUGAAUCUGUAACUAGAAUUUCACCCCAAUAAUGUUCUAUAUAAUCUUUCCCAAUGAGCAAACAAUAAAUCGAAUUUCUUCUCUGCUUGUGUGUGUGUGUGUGUGUGU